UCAUCUGUCUCACUGUCUGUACUCUUUAUCCGUUCGUUUCUUCGAGGGGAGGAGCCGCUGAAGGCCGGAAGUUACUGGCGUCUGGCGAGCGACGGAGAGAGGAGCUGAGCCGACCAGAGACUCAGCGAGCCGCGAGGAAGCCGACUGAGAGGGUUGUUGUAGACCAAGAUAAAAAAACAGGCCUGUCUCUUAAUUGUUGAAAGCAACUUCUAGAUUGUAGCUGAUAACCAUGAAAGUUGAAGUUCGGAGCAAAGAAAUAGUGAGGCCAUCUUCUCCCACUCCUCAAAGUCUCAAGAAUUACAAACUCUCUUUUGUGGAUCAAUUCGCUCUCAACGUCAGGGUUCCAUUCGUCUUCUUCUACGACUCCUCCUCCGGAGCUUAUUCUCAUGAUCAUACCAUUGAUGAGCUCAAGAAAUCACUCUCCGAAACCCUGUCUCUAAUGUACCCGCUAGCAGGGAGGGUGAAGGAGGACAAGCUAACAAUCGAAUGUAAUGACGAAGGUGUCGAGUUUAUUGUGGCCGAUGUUGCUGAAAUCAUGUCUUGUUUACUGGAGAAUCCUGAGAUGGAGAAGAUUAAGCAGCUGAUUCCUACUGGAAAGGCUUAUGAGCCCCAACCGGUAGGAAAGGCACUGGUUUCGGUUCAGGUGAACCGGUUCAGCUGCGGGGGAAUGGGCUUUGGGGUUUAUGUUUCACACGCCAUAGCCGAUGCUUCAGCCGUUGCCAUUUUCUUCGAAACCUGGGCAUCCAUUAACCGCGGCUGUGCUGUGAAUGGAAGUGGAUUCAUUUCCGGUCAACCUAGCAUCUUAUUCCCUCCUUUGACGGAUACUUCUGCCAUUGAACGAUCAGUGAAGAUGGCGGCAGAGGCAAUCGAGCAGGAAGAGAAAUCCAUGAUUGUUAAAAGGUUCGUCAUUCCUGCCAAUGCCAUAGCCCAACUCAGAGAAGAAUUAAUAUGUAAGGAAAACAACAAGGGUUCUGUUCAACGCCCGUCUCGCACGGAGGCGUUAACGGCGUUAGUAUGGGCGGCAGUGAUAAACGCAACUCCUCCAACUCAAACUGUGCCGUUAUCCUGCAUGGUGAACUUGCGGAGCAGGAUGGAGCCGCCGCUGCAGCCAAAAUGUCUAGGGAACUUCGCCUACGGAGCCACCGUUCACUGCGAGGCGGCGGCGAAAGACGGCACCGUCGUAACCGCUGUUCAAUUGGUGGAGAAAAUACGCGAUUCUCUCCGAGCUGUUAACGACGGAGCGGCGAGGAAGAUGUACGGCGAAGGCGGGUUGUUACGCGCGGCGUUUGCCAAAGGUCAUGAAAUGGUGCGCAACAAAGAUUCUUCAACGACAACGUUGUACACAAGCAGUCUGUGUAGACAGCCUUAUUACGAAGUUGAUUUCGGGUGGGGGAAGCCAAGACUGGUUGUGAAUUUGCUCAAGAAUUCAACGGUGCUUUUCUUAGACACCAUUGGUGGAGCGGUAGAAGUGUGGAUGGGAUUGCCUAAGGAGGUUAUGCACACUUUAAUGCAAAACCGCCACUUUCUACGUUUCUGCCUCUCCUAAACCAAAGCUAUGAUCUAUCUAUGCCUUAAUGUUCAACUUUAAUCUUUAUUUCUUUUGAAUAAUAAAUGAUUUCUUAGUCAA